GGAUAGAGCCACCCUCGUCGCCCGGAACGCCUCCCUGUACCCCCGCCCUUCGGCGUUGAAUGAACGACGGAAGGAAGAGAAAGUGAAAUCGUGGUCUCGCGGAGCUCUGAUCAGCAUUUGCGCUCGUGAUUGUGAUUUUGCCUUGAAGCAGCGAUGGCGACCGCCGCCGCAGCUGCUGCUGCUACGUGUGCAGUUUCUGCGAUUUCAGCCAGCAGCUUGUCAUCGGCGAAGAAGGGGAGCGAGAAUUUGGUCUCGUGCUUCCAUGGCCAGAGCUUGAGCCUGCAAUUGAGCCGGAGAUCGUCCGUCAAGAGUUUCGGAAGCAGGCCCCGCCGCAGCUCCAUCUCCUGCGCUGCCAAGCUCCCCAAAGGAGUCGAAGCUCCCAAGGAGGAGCCAAAAUUGCCGACAUCAUUCUGGGGAUUCACAGAGAACGCUGAGGUUUGGAACGCCAGGGCUUCCAUGAUCGGUCUAUUCGGCAUUAUCCUUCUCGAACUUUUUGCCAAGAAAGGUCUACUCGAAAUGAUCGGAGUGGAGGUCGGUAAAGGUCUGGAUCUACCUCUUUGAGGCCGCCUGCCAGCCAACGACUUGUACUGCAGAUGGACCACGGCGACCAGAAGCGCUCUGAGAAGCAGUAGAAUGUUGAUUUUGCCAUUGGGCCAUGGCUGCCACAAGAUACAUCUGUCCAAAGAUCAUUACGAGAGAUGAAAGGACACCCCUGCCCUGAAUACUUGCUGCUGUAACUCUACUGCUCAGACUGUCCCUUCCUUGGAACCAUGAAAUUCGCAACCUACAGGUUGUGAUUGUAAUUUUAGCCUUGACGUUCUCGUGUGACUUUCAUUAUUUUUAUAAAGCGAUCAACAGUUUUCCGAGC